GUCAGUCAGUCAGUCAUGGGUCUUCCCGGUUUUCAGAUGUGGAUAUGGACGCUGUGCGUCUUUGUGAGCUGGAUGUGUGUGGGCCAGGCAGUGGCAGGACCGCAGUACAUGGUGGCCAUUUCUGCAGUUCUUGAAGCUGGAGCUGAGACCAAAGUCUGUGCGAGUCUCCUGCAGCCCAACGAGAGUCUGGACAUGACCGUCACUUUGAUGUCCCAAGAGCAGAAUAAAACCCUUCUCAAGAAGACGUCCCGUAAAGACUUUCAUAUUUGUGUUCGGUUUCAGGUUCCUUUAGUGCAGAAUGAGGUUGUGCAGGACUUGAAGGUAGAAUUGCGAGGUAACAAAUUUUACUCAAAAGAAGUCAGGAAAGUCAUGAUCAAAGUCUAUCAACCAAUGACUUUCGUCCAAACGGAUAAACCGAUCUACCUCCCUGGACAAACGGUAUAUUUCAGAGUCGUUACACUUGACACCAAGUUGAGACCUGCCAGGCAACUGUACAAUAUCAUCGAAAUUGAGGAUGCUAACAACAGGAUUGGGCAGUGGCUGAAUGAAACGUCAAACGGUAAAAUACUGCAGCUUUCUUACUCCCUGAACUCUGAGGCCCGUGAAGGAACCUACCAAGUCAUUGUGUCAAUUGGUGAAAAUAAAGUGUAUCAGAGCUUCAAGGUGGAGAAAUAUGUUUUGCCAAAAUUUGAUGUAAAAAUAAAUGCGUCUGAUGAAGCAAGUAUUGAGCAGAAGGAAAUCAAAGCUGAAGUAUGUGCAAAGUAUACAUACAGACAGCCUGUGCCAGGCAGUGCUGAAGUUCAGGUGUGCCGACCUCUUGAUCAGUAUGUUCUUGGAAUCACCCCUGAACAUCCACAAGGAGUCCCUGACAUAACUGCCCCAUGCUACAAGGAGACAAAGCAGAUGGACAAGAGAGGCUGUGCCACUUUUUUCUUCAAGAUGUCAACUUUCACAAAACUGGACCAAAAGGUGCUGCAAGAUGUGCUGGAACUCAGCACCAAAGUGGAAGAGGAGGGGACGGGUAUUUCACAACCACAGGGGAAGAGAAUAGGGAUUUCAUAUGUUGUUGGAAAGCUGUCCUUCAUUGACACACCCAAGAUUUAUGACCAAGGAUCAAAUGUGGAGGGAAAAGUUAAAGCAGUUCACUACAAUAAUACACCCAUUCCUGACAUGCCAGUGUACCUGUUUGAGGGUGAAAGGUGGUCAGCACGUCUGGUACAGAACCUCACAACUGACAGUGAUGGGAUUGCCACCUUCUCAUUCAGCACCGCAAACUUUAAAGGAGACAUCCACCUCUACGUUGGCAACAAACCGACGCUGGACUACGUUGGUUAUAGAAUGCCAUACUAUGAGGUUGGAGAUCAAGUGUUGUCUGCAGCCGAACCUUCUUCUCCUGAUUCUAAAACAAUCAGCUCCCUGGAGGUGAAGAAGAAGGAUCAGCUACUUCUCUGUGACAGAGAAGAAGACAUUUCCAUCAAAUACACUGUAGUUGGAGAGAACCGGGGCCCUGUGGAUGUGAUGUAUCUGGUCUUAUCCAGAGGAGCCAUUCUCAUGCAAGGAGUUAAACGGGUUGAAGUGCAAGCUAAAUCAGUGACUGAGGGCGAGGUGUCCUUCAAGUUGACAGUGUCUGCAGAGAUGGCACCAGGCGUCCAGGUUGUAGCUUACGCCGUCCUCCCCAGUGAGACUGUGAUCGCCCACAGUGCUGACUUCUCCACCGAGAAAUGCUUCAGUCACAAGGUGUCGCUGGAGUUUUCUCCGUCCUCAGCUGUCCCAGGAGAAGGAACCAUACUGCGGGUGACGGCCCAGCCAGACUCUCUGUGUGGUGUGAGUGCUGUCGACCAGAGCGUCCUCAUCAAGGAGCCAGGAAACAUUCUGAAUGCAGACAAGAUAUUUGACUUGUUGCCUGUCAAACAAGCAUCCUAUAUCCCAUAUGAGGUUCAAGAUCCUGAUGAAUGCUUGUCUGUGAGACCAAAGAGAUCUGUGCCAUACCCCACUGGGGUCGAGGAUGAUGCGAAUUCUGUUUUCCAGAAUGUAGGGCUGAAGAUGGCAACAAACCUGGCUAUUAAAGUGCCUUCAUGCCUCAAGUACAAAGCAAGAGAAUAUUUCAAUCAACCUUAUGGUAUCAGAUAUAAAGGUGUUCCUCUGGUAGCCGCAAUGAAUGAAGUAGCAUUCGCACCUGGCGCAGUUGGUGAAUCUCCUCCUCCACCACCAAUAGAGACAGUUCGCACUUUCUUCCCUGAGACCUGGAUUUGGGACCUGGUGGUAGUUGGAGUGUCUGGAACAAAGGAUGUGUCCCACACUGUCCCAGACACCAUCACCACCUGGGAGACGGAGGCUUUCUGUUUGUCCCCUCAGGGGUUUGGCUUGGCUCCUCGUAAAGAGAUCACCGUCUUCCAGCCCUUCUUCCUGGAGCUCAGCCUGCCUUACUCCAUCAUCCGGGGGGAGCACUUUGAACUGAAGGCAACCACCUUCAACUACCUGUCCAGCUGUAUCAUGGUCACUGUGACUCCAGCACCCUCUUUAGACUACACCCUCACUCCGCUCUCUGGUGACCAGUACACAUCCUGUUUGUGUGGCAGUGAGCGCAAGACCCUCAGCUGGACCAUGGCCCCCUCAGUCUUGGGGGUUGUGAAUGUGUCCGUUACUGCAAAGGCUGUGGCAUCCCGCGCUUUAUGUGACAAUAAGAUUGUGAGUGUUCCAGAGAGAGGACGUAUCGACGUGGUCACACGAUCUCUCAUAGUAAAGGCUGAGGGAACUGAGAUCACCAAGACCUACAACUUUCUGCUCUGCCCAAAAGGGAAAGCUGUGACCGAGCAAAUACAAAUAACACUCCCUAAGAACAUGAUUGAUGGAUCUGCCCGUGCUUCACUAUCAGUCCUGGGUGACAUUCUGGGCCGAGCCCUGAAGAACCUGGAUGGGCUGCUGCAGAUGCCGUAUGGAUGUGGAGAGCAGAACAUGGCGCUCCUGGCCCCCAACAUUUACAUCCUCCAGUACCUGGAAAACACAAAGCAGCUGACCGCAGCCAUCAAGGAGAAGGCUACCAACUUCCUGACCAGUGGCUACCAGAGACAACUGAACUACAAAAAUGGCGAGGGUGCUUACAGCACAUUUGGAACAGGAACAGGGAACACUUGGCUGACUGCUUUUGUGCUGAGAUCUUUUGCCAAAGCACAGUCUUUCAUCUACAUUGACCCAACAAAGCUUGCUGAGUCUAAGUCUUGGCUGGAUGGUAAACAACGAGAAAAUGGCUGUUUCCAGCAGCUGGGAAAACUCUUCAACAACAGAAUGAAGGGUGGUGUGUCUGAUGAAGUGACUCUCAGUGCUUACAUCACUGCUGCCUACUUGGAGAUGAAUGUGCCCCUGAAUGAUCCUGUGGUGAACAAGAGCCUGUCUUGUCUCAGGGAGUCCAUCAGUGACUUUAGCAACACCUACACUACAGCUCUGCUGGCGUACGUCUUCACCCUGGCAGGAGAAACGGAGACCCGUGCUCACCUUCUGAAGCACCUGGACACUGUUUCAUCAAACCAAGGAGGUUUCCUCUACUGGUCUCAGACAGCGACAGAAACGUCAGCCUCUCUGUCUGUGGAGAUCAGCUCCUAUGUGCUGCUGGCCAAACUCAGCGGCUCUCCCACUGCUGAAGACCUGGGCGCCGCCACCAGCAUCGUCAGAUGGCUGACGGGCCAGCAGAACUAUUAUGGAGGCUUCUCCUCCACACAGGACACGGUGGUGGCUCUCCAGGCUCUGGCUCUCUACGCCACUGCAGUGUUCAGUACAAAGGGUUCCAGCACAGUGACAGUCCAGUCUCCCAGUGGCCAGCUGACAUUUGAUGUGAAUCAGAACAACAAACUGCUCUACCAGGAAAAGCUGCUGCAGCAAGUUACAGGAAAGUACAGCCUGGAGGUGAAGGGCUCUGCAUGUGCUUCAGUGCAGAUCUCUCUUCACUAUAACAUCCCAACUCCUGCUGCUGUCACCACUCUCAGUGUGGAGGUCAAACCAGAGGCCAACUGCACAUCUCUCAGACCCAAACUCACUCUGAAGCUAAAGUCCCUAUAUAGUGGAACAGCAAGCACUACAAACAUGGUGAUCCUGGACAUCAAAAUGCUCUCUGGCUUUGUCCCAGACCCAGAGUCUUUGAGGAGGCUCAAAGGUGCCCUGCUGGUGGAUCGUGUUGAAGAAAAGGAAGAUCACGUUCUGGUGUACAUAACGGAGUUAACAAAGGACAUACCUAUCAACCACAGCUUAGACCUCCUACAGGAGCUCCCAGUGCAGAACCUGAAGCCAGCCGUGGUCAAGAUCUAUGACUACUACCAGCCAAGUGACCAGGCUGAGACAAAAUACAUCUACCCUUGUCGUUCUUAAAAUCACCAAAAAUUCAAGAGGAAUAAUUAAACAAAAUUAAGCAAAA